CGAAAGACAUUUCCUAGGAAGGCCCAAAGCCCACUGUUCGAAACAAACCUUGAAUCAAACAUUGGAUCCUCUAAGCCUAAGGUCCAUAAUAAGAACCCUAUAAACGAAACUCCAAGUCGUCAAUAAAAUAACGGCUCUUUUGUCCAUUGUCUGUAAUCGCUCGUCGUUGGGCCCCUCAAGAACCACCACGUCAUCCCUUGAUACUAAUCAUAUUUUCUUUUCAUCCCAAACGACCGUUACACAAACAACUCUCUGUCUCUUCUUCACUACCACCAUUCCACCAUUCUCUCACACACACACUCUUCUCAUUGCUCUACUCUCCCUAAAAUGACAGUAGCAAAUGCUGCCACAAAGCACUGCAAGAAAGCUAUGAAGAUGGGUUUAUCUCUCUUUUGCAGAACCUUCAAUUCUUCUAAAUGCAAGACAAUGGCGAAGAUGACUGUGGCCAGGAUAAAGUUGCUUAGGAACAAGAGGGAGGUGGUUGUGAGGCAAAUGAGGAGAGACAUUGCUAUGCUUCUUGAGUCUCGUCAAGAUGCUACUGCUCGUAUUCGGGUUGAACAUGUGAUAAGAGAACAAAACAUAUUGCAAGCAAAUGAGUUCCUCGAGCUCUUCUGUGAACUUAUUGUGGCUAGACUUCCUAUUAUUGCGAAGCAAAGGCAAUGUCCAGCUGAUCUGAAAGAGGGGAUAGCAAGUUUGAUUUUUGCAGCCCCCCGGUGCUCAGAUAUCCCAGAAUUAAUGGGAAUUAAAGAUAUUUUUGAGAAGAAAUAUGGUAAAGAUUUUGUUUCAGCGGCCACUGAUCUACGACCCGAUGCUGGUGUAAAUCGAAUGCUCAUCGAAAAGCUCUCUGUGAAAACUCCAAGUGGUCAAGUCAAACUAAAGAUCAUGAAAGAAAUAGCGAAGGAAUACCAGGUUGAAUGGGACACUGCAGAAUCGGAGACGGAGCUUCUCAAGCCACCAGAAGAGCGUAUAGAAGGACCAAAUGUCUUUGUAAGUGCAAGUAGCUUACCCCUGAAGCCGACCUCAAAGCAACCUGCUGAGCCUAACAACCUUCUGAGGGCUUCAGAUGACGGAGAAUCAAAAGUUGCCAAAUUUGAUGACCCAGCUUCAGCUGCUAAAGCAGCUUCUGAAUCUGCUAAGCAAGCAAUUGCGGCUGCUGAAGCAGCUGCAUAUCUGGCCAGUAAAGAUGCAAAAGCAUCUUCUGCUGGUUAUCAUGACUCAAUGAACAAUGCACCUGUUGACAAUAUCCCUUUCAUUUCUGGUGCUCAGGCUCCUCCCAAGUUCUCGCGGAGUGACGUGGCACCACCUUCUCAUGAGUCUAUAGUUGAUUUGUAUGAUAUGCACUGGAGUAGAAAGAACAUGAGGAAUUCUGAAAAUUCUCAUGGUUCUGCUGGUGAAGAGAUGCCAUUAGAUAUGAAAAGAUCAGAGAAGUUUUAUAGGAGACGUAGCUAUAACGUUCCAUCCUCGAAUUCCAAUGCGAAGUAUGAUGAUUCAGACUGCGACGAGGAAAUUGAGAUGGAAGAUCCCCCAAGUCGUGGUAUCACAUAUCAACACAGCCCACCUAAUGAUACUGAUGGUGGAAAGUUCUAUAGAAGGCACAGCUACAAUGUUCCAUCAGCACAUUCAGGUAUCAAGUUUGAUGAAUCAGAUGGUGAUGAAGAGAUGGAAACUGAAGAAACCAUGAAAAGAACCAACCGAGCCCCUAACAGGCCUGCACCUCAAGUACCCCGGGUUCAUCCCAAAUUGCCUGACUAUGACACACUUACUGCUCGCUUCGAAUCUCUCAAGUCCCAGAAAUUUCGUUAGAUUAUCCAGGAUUCGUGGAAUCAGAUAUAUUUUGUGCCAGUAAUAUAAUAGUAUACAGUACAGAAACCAAAUGAUAUGUUAAAUGGUUCUCUUAUAAUAUGUAGCAUAAUUUCAUGGAGUUUACUUAUCCGUUUGUGUCAUUUUAAUAAAUAUUGGUGUAAUGAAUCUUGCAUAUCCAUUUUGCAAGGUUGUCCAUUUUGCGGCUC